AUGAUCAAUUUUUUUGGUUAAAAGAUAUAAUUCUAUUGCCAUUACGGCCGUUCCCAAAGAAUUUAUGAAACUGAUAUUUAAUAUAAUUUCUAAGUUAAGGGAUCUAUUGCUUACCAUUAACUUGAACUAAAAUACAUAAAUAAUACUUAAACCAUCCAAAACUUCUCUUUUAGUUUUGAUUUGUCUGAAGAUUUUUGCUUUGAUAAUUUAAGUAUAAAAUUUGAUGAAAAAAUAAUUAAUUGCCUAGUUAAAGAGAAAGAGGAGGCAAAAGAAGAAUAUAAAAAUGCUCUAAGAUAAGGGAAAUCUGCUGCACUAGGCUCUUUUUAAGGUUAGAGAGGGAGCUUUUUAGUUGAAGUAGGAAAUAUAAAGAAUGGUUAAGAAUUCUUGAUUUGCUUUAACUGUAUAGAAUAAUUAACUCUUCAAGGUGAAUAUUACAAUAUGACUUUACCAUUUAUAUAGAAUAAAAAUUAAAUAUCAUUUGAGAAUCUUAAAAUAAUUGGUGAUAUUUGUGCAUAGACUAAAUAAGAUUGCAUUGUUUCAAAUGAAUUUAAUAAUUCUCAGUUUAAUUAAUUGGUCAAAUUCACAUAAGUAGCAGCUUAUCAUACUGAAAUAUUUGCAUAGUUUUCUAAAGAAACAUUAAAAUGCAUUUUCUAAAAUGGAUUUAAUUUAGAGUUCUUAAGAAUCAAAUAUGAUAAAUAGAAUGUCACUUUACUUUCAAACUAUUAAAAUGAUUCUGAAAUAUCUCCAUAUUGUGUCUUACUCAAUUUUGUACCUAAUAUUGUUUAAGUCAAAAAAUCACUUUUAAUAUAAGCCUAAAAUGAAAAAGAAUUAAUGAAGUCAGAGUUUUUACUUCUUAUUGAUAGAAGUGGUUCUAUGGCAGGCUCUAAUAUCGAAACAGCUAAAUAGGCAUUGAUCUUCUUUUUGAAAUCUCUCCCAGAAGGCUCUAUUUACAAUAUCAUAUCUUUUGGUUAUGACUAUACAGUAAUGUAUACACAAUCUGUAUAAUUUAACGAUUAAAAUUUGCAAGAUUCAAUAGAUAAAAUUGAAAAAUUCUAAGCAGAUAUGGGUGGUACUAAGAUCUCUCAAGCUUUAAAAUAUUUGAUGUAUAAUCUAUAGGAUUAAUAUGGAUUGAGAAAAAAGAUUUACAUAAUAACAGAUGGAGAAUUCCAAGAUUAUUUGCAAGCUUUAGAGAUAGUAAAGAAGAACAAACUUAGAUGUGAUAUCAAUGCACUAUGCAUUGGCUCAUACGAAUUUUUAUAUGCUAAAUAAAUUUUAAAUGAAACAGGAGGUUAUUUUUAGUAAGUAACUGAAACCACUUAAAUAAUUUCUAAAGUAAUUUAAUUACUUAAAGACUCAUUUGAAAACUUUAACAGCAUAUAAAUGAGUCUGACAUCAGAUCAUGAUGAUAGCAUAAAUUGUAUUGUUCCUCAUCCAUAACAAAUUUGCUAUAUCGAUACAUCUAAAACUUUGAGAUUUUAUAUUUUCUUAAAUAGAAAGCUAGAAGAAGUGUAACAAAUAAAAUUUAAACUGAUAACUACUUACUAAGGCAGCUAGAAAACAGAAGAUGAGUAUGUUGUUGAUAUUAAAGACCAAAUUUCAAACGAAUUUGCACAUAUUCAUAAGAUGGGUCUUUACCAGUUAAUUAGAUAAGUGAUUAUUAAUAAGUAAAGAAAAUGCGAAAAUGUGUUUGAUGAUAUUUCUAAUGCCAUGAAACUUUCUUAAGAUAAGAUGACAGAAUUGCUCAAGAAUGAAGCUAUUAGGUAUUAAAUCUUAUGUGAAUAUACUGCAUUUGUAGGUAGUGAAUAUUAAAUAUAAGAAAAAGCUAUUAAAUAAGAAAGAUAUGAUUAUAACAAUUAAAAUAUUACUAUACCCAGUAUAACUUUGAGUGCAUAAAGUAAUAGAUAUUUAAAAAAGUCAUCUGCAGGUUGUUGUGGAGGUGGAAGUUAUAGCUACUAAAAUAAAAGUAGUAAUUAUAUAUCUUAGACUCCCAGCGAUAUUUCAUAAAAUAAAACAAAUGAAGAUACAAUUAGAUAUAAUAAUGGAUAGAUAGAUAAUUAUUCAAAAGUAAUAUAACUUUAAAAAGCAUCUGGGUUGUGGUAAUAUUCUGAGAAUUUAAUUGGGCUUCUUAAUCUUAGUGCUGAUUAAGUAAAUCAACUAAAUCCAAUAAAAGAUACCAUUUAAUAAAAUCAAGACAUUUGGAUGACAAUAGUAGUUGCAUAUUGGCUGUAAAAAUUCCACUAAAAAUAAUCAAAUUAGCAUCAAUAUAUUUUGCUGAAAGCUUACAAAUAAAUAGAUAGAUUUAAAAAAUAAAAUGAUAUUGAAGAACCAACUAUUUAACUAGAUAAGCUUUUUGAAAAUUAUUAAUUAUAAAAAUCAUGA